AUGGACAAGCUCCGCCUGCUCUUCCAGCACUUCCAGGCCAGCUCGGAGUCAGUGAUGAACGGCGUCUGCCUGCUGCUGGCCGCGGGCACUGUCAAGCUCUACGCCUCCCUGGAUGUCCACUGCCCCUGCCUGGCACGCUACAACGCGGCCUACGGCCUGGGCCUGCUGCUGGCGCCGCCCCUGGCGCUCUUCCUCUGUGGCCUCCUGGCCAACCGGCAGUCCGUGCUCAUGGUGGAGGAGUGGCGCCGGCCGGCGGGACGCCGCCAGAAGGACCCCGGCAUGAUCAGGUAUAUGUGCUCCUCCGUGCUGCAGAGAGCGCUGGCCGCCCCGCUCGUCUGGAUCCUGCUGGCCCUCCUGGACGGCAAGUGCUUGGUGUGUGCCUUCAGCUGCUCUGUGGACCCCGAGAAGUUUCUGGACUUUGCCAACAUGACCUCCAGCCAGGUGCAGCUCUUCCUGGCCAAGGUGCCUUGCAAGGAGGAUGAGCUGGUCAGGGACAGCCCGGCCCGGAAGGCCGUGUCCCGCUACCUGCGGUGCCUGUCACAGGCCAUGGGCUGGACCAUCACCCUGCUGCUCAUUAUCCUGGCCUUCCUGGCGCGCUGCCUGAGGCCCUGCUUCGACCAGACGGUCUUCCUGCAGCACCGAUACUGGAGCAACUACGUGGACCUGGAGCAGAAGCUCUUCGACGAGACGUGCUGCGAGCAUGCGCGGGACCUGGCGCACCGCUGCGUGCUGCACUUCUUCCAGAGCAUGCAGAGCGAGAUGCGGGCGCGGGGCCUGCGCCAGCCCGCUGACCACCCGCCGGCCCAGCCCAGAGACCUGCUGGAGCCCCCGGACAGGGACAGCCGGGCACACCUGCACGCAGUCUCCAGCCGCGAGCAAGUGGACCGCCUCCUGAGCACCUGGUGCUCCAGCAAGCCGCCCCUCGGCCUUGCGGGCCCCGCGGGACACUACGGGGGUGGCCUCAGCCACCGCGCCCCCACGGCUGCCCCUGACCCCCGGGAGCCCCAAUACACAGAAGUGUAG